AUGAUGUAAGUAGUGCCGAAAACAACCGGAAGUACGAAAGUGCUCCAUAACAACAGGACGCCAGAUAAAUUUUUAGACAUGUGAACCCAUAAUUUUACACUAUUCCAAUCACAAAAGUGUUCAAAAUGAGUGCUUGUAGUCAUAAAAGUAAACAUAAACACAUUGAGAGUGAUGUUGACCCAUUCAUGUGUACAUGUGGGCCUUGUAGAUCAUUUUGGAAGGACAAUUUUGGAGAAGCAGCAGAAUUAUUAAGAGAAUCUUCUCUAAGCAGAGCAGAUGAUUCUACAACCAUACCACAUGAUCAGCGAGGUGUUAAAGUUGGGGAUCGAGUUCUAGUUCGAGGGCAACAUGCUGGUUCUAAAUUUAGAAGAGGUACAGUGAAAUUUGUAGGAGUUAUUGAUGACAAUGCUAUUGCACCUAGAUUGUAUGUUGGAGUAAAAUUGGAUGAUAAUAUAAACUCAACACACAAUGGUGUAUUUAAAGGAAAGCGUUAUUUUUAUUGUGAACGAGGGCAUGGUGCAAUGGUAACAUACACUGAAGUACAAAAAUUGAAACAAGUUGACAAGCGUCCUCCAAUGCAAGGGAAUUUCAUGUAUCCAAGUUUUGAAGAAGUAAAGAAAAGGAGGAAAGAGAGAAACCAAAAGUUAGUAGAACUGUAUGCCAAAGCAGGAGUGGCUCCUCCCAGUGAUCUGAUGCCAACAAUAGCCAGACCAAAAACAGAACCUAAUAUACAUGUAGGAGACCCAAAUGAUAUUGUUAUAAAGGAUUUAGAAAGACAAAAGGAAAGAGAAAGAAGAAGGAGAGAAAUAAUGAACGAAGCAGACCAGGAGAAACUUGAACUUAGAAAAUUACGAAUGCAGUUUGGAAACAACGAAAAUGCUGACAGAAUGGCUAUUACUCUUAGAAAAUUACAAAGAGCUUAUGAAGAAGGAUUAGUUAUAUCAAAACGUAGGGGAACGAGGGCUGACCUGGAUUAUGAUAGUGACGAAGAUUAAUUAAUGUACUAAUAUUAUAAAUCAUGAUAUUUAUUGAUUAGGAAAACACAUAGACUAGUUGAUAUACUGGGGAUUCAUUUAUUUUCGUGGGUAUAAUUUUUCGUAGAUUGAGAAGAACUUGCAUUUUCGUGGGUAUUUGAUUUCAUGGUUUUGUCAAUCUCUUCAUACAAAGCCUAUAUAAAAUAUGUAAUUGGUAGAACAUUUGAAUUUGUGCUUUAACUGUACCAACGAAAACUAUUAAAAUUUUAUCCAACAAAUAAUAAUGAAUCCACAGUAUGUGUUUUGUUUUUGUAUGAAAAGAUGACUGUAUGCUAGUUCCUUAAUUUUUUUAAACGUUUUAUUUUUGUUGAAUGCCAGAAAUUUUUUGAAAAGUUGUAGUUAUAGAAAUGUAGAUGUCAGAAUCAUGUAGUAGUAGGCCUCAUUACAUAACUGUAUUGUAUGAUAUAUAUUGUUACAUGUUUAUCAUUUGUUGAGAGUAGAAAUGAAGUUUGUGAAAUGUUUCAUUAAAGCAUUUUUCUAUAAAUUUUGCUUAACAUAUGAAUAACGUUUAUUUUCAUAUGGUAAUUUAAUUUGUGAAAAACA